CAGGUAAACAAACCUAUCUUACAGGGAUAGCGAGCCAACAAAGCUUACGCGGCGUCGGGUCGUGUUGCAUUUUUAAUCAUGAGUAAAAUGGAAUACGAAAAAGAGAUACGGCCUCUGUGAGGAGUUCAUUAAAAAAUAAUCGUUUGAUUGGGAUUCAGUCUGCGAAGCGGUUCGACAUCUGUAUAGGAAGCUGCAGUGGAGAGCCGUCUGUCGACUACAGCGCAAUGAUGCAUUGCAGUACCUUUGAAAAAACGUAUGAUUUUAAUCUUUUUCUCAAAAUGAAGAAUCCGAACCGAGAUAUCGGUUGGGUCCUUUAGCUAUAGUGCUAUAAAACGGCGCUGCCUGGACCAAAACAUCAUCCAUUCCACCUGUCGACCUUCAUCAUGGGUCCUAUCAUGCAGGAACGCACAGCAUCCACGACACUGAAACGCGUCGUUUCUAAAGAAAAGAUCCGGGUAAAAAACGCAGAAAAUAGUGGACCAUUAACCAGUUCAAAGAAAGGUAACAAGAUAAAGAAAGAGGUUGGCCAAAUAAACAUGGGCCUUCCAGGACCAGGUCAGGGUAAGGACACAGUGAUGACUCUGCAGAAGAAAACUUCAAUUUCUUAUUUACAGAGCUCACAGUCAAAAGCUGGAAGGGUGAAAUCUGGCAGAAAUACAAGCAAACUCUCCAGCCCUGAAGAAGGAGAAUCAAAAGUUCAACAAGGCAAACACGUAUGGCACAGGAAAGAGGAUAAACAAGAAAAUCAACGGAUGUCCGUGUGUGGCAAUGAGCUGCAGCCAAAUCGUGGGGCGAUGGGGAAAAAUCGUCGAGCCCUCUCUCUGCCCCUGUCCCCAAUAUCCGGGCUCCGACACAUGCCAUUACACCCCCUGACGCACUCCCCAGCCCCCACACCACAGGCACUACAGCAGCACUACAACCAGAAGGAUGAUGACACUGACAGUGCCAGUGAUCUGUCAGACUCUGAGAGGCUUCCUGUGCUGCCGUCUCCAUGUACACCCUGUACCCCUCCUCACCUCAACCUGCGUGCUGAGGUUAUCAACUCCAAUGAUCUUCCUCCAGACUUCCCUGGGCCCGGGGGCACUGUUGAGGAUCAAGACGAGGCUGAAAAACCCAUCUACAGUUACCAAGAUUUUCUGCCGCCUCCCUUCAACAGCUGGAGCCUGAGACAGCUGGCCGUGUUUCUCCAUACAGAAGGCCGUGGUGCCCCCCGGCCCAAGCCUGUUGGGCCUUUAGAGAAGUAUCUGGAGAGGCUGCUGCAACUGGAGUGGCUUCAGAUACAAACAGUGCAGGCAGAGACCAGUCGUCCGGCCGGAACUCGUCCAAGGCCACAAAGUUUCCCCACAGCUCACUCCCCGAGACCUCACACAGCUCCAUCGUCCCGACUCAACUCCCCAAAAGGGGCACGUCACGGUCAGAAGACCUUCCCGUUUACACCUGUUAACAACCCUCCAUCCCCCGCUUCUACUCAGCAACAGCUCUCCCGCUUCCCAGUUUGUCCUCAUUGUAACAUCCGCUACCCAUUGUGCAAUGGAACCUGCUCUGCUUAUGCCUACCAGCGCCACUCACGUCUCAGCCCUUUGCUUGAGCGCAGAGCAAGGCCUGGGGCACAGGUAAAACGGAGUAGCAGCGAGACACGUGCACCCUCCAAUGAAGGCAGUCCUGGAGGACAAGGAGGAAGUGGAGGAGCCCAGACCCCUGUGAGCCCUUCAGCCGGAAGGAGCCAUCUCAGACAAAUGCAUGCCACAGGCAAUGUCCGGAAGCAACCACAAGAGUCUGGAAAAAACCCAAACGGCAAAGGGCAGGUGAGGAAAAGCCGCAUUAGAGCUAAUUCUGAGACAGAUGUUAAAAAGGAGCCAGGUGUGAAAGUAGCCAGCACUGAAAAACGUGUCUCUGCUGCCAGCAAGCGAGAGGUCAACACCUCCAGAAGAGUAGAGAGGGACCAGCAGAGGGCAGAGUCAGUUAGCCAGGCCACUAAAACAUCCUUGAAAAGAGCUACUAAAGAGCCGCAGCUUCUCUCCAAAGCGCUGAAUAGCAGUAAACAGAAUGGCAAAGCAAAAACUGUGCACUUUGUUGCAAAGUAAACAACAUAGGUCUAUAUUAUAGCGCUUCACUUAGUGAUUACGGUACAGGAGCUUGAAACUAUGCUUGCUUUCUGUGUAAUCUGUGUAGUACUAACAUGUUGUAACAGUUGUAGAGCCGUUCAAAUAAGCAAGUAGUGUUUGGCCUUUUAAACAGUAAGACACUGAGUAGCUGUAACGAAACUAACACAUGACACAUUUAACAAACUAUAAGCAACAAAAGAAGAACUAUUAUACUCAAAUAAUGUUUGACCACGAGGUUAUAUCAACUCUACACUACUGACAUUUUAACACUCUGUUGCACUAAUAUCCCAGUGUGAUACUAAUACUGAUAUAAACAUAAGCAUCGACCGUACUGUAGGAUGACUCUCGAAGACACAAUAUAAAAUAUAGUGAUGUUACACAGAGGUCAUCACAUUUUAGCUCAUUAAAUACAAUAGAACUUUUGAUGUGAGAAUGUAUUAAACAUUUUAAAAAUCUUAAUUUUUUUUGCGGUUGCUUUUUUCGUUUUUUAAACCUUUUACUUUUAGUGCCUAGUUUUUCAAAGUUGUUGUUUUUUAAGUUGAAACAUUUUUGGCUGUAAAGGAGGCAUAGUGAUUGGUGUGUACUGCGGUAAUGUGAUUUAUUUAAUAUUUGUACAGUGGUUUUACAUUUGUUUCCUUUGUCACAAGGGCUUUUCAUGUUUGGAACAGCUGCAGCCGUGUCUGAAAAUGAACUGUAUUUUGCUUGGAGCUGAGCUCUUUGUAUCACUGAAGAAGAUGGUGUAAUGUUUGUUACCAAUGUAAAAGCAUAUUUUUCCAAAUUUUAUAUACCAUAGCUAUAUUUAUGAAAAGUGUUGUGGUGAAACUUCUUCACGUUACUGUCAAUUUUUUCUUUUCUUUGUUUACAUGUCACGCACUGAAUUCUUGUGAAAGAGAACCUGAAUGUAAUGUUACGUCCACUGAUGCUGUACUUUGAGCAUUCGCAGGAAAAAAAUAUCUCUCUUCAUUGCAUUUCACGAGCUGAAACAAAACACUUGAAAUGCUGAGAACAUUUGUGUGUUUACAUGUGAUUGUCCUUCCUGUGUCCUGUGAUUUACCAUGUGCAACAACUGAUGGGGAAAAAAAUGUACACGCCGUCAUUUGAAUUGCACUCCUUUAUUCAUUGCAUCACAGCCACAUGUACUCAAAGCCAAGAUUGGUGACGUUGUUGUUAAUGUGUACACUUUGUCAACAUGCACGCAGAAAGAUUGUGGUAUGUAUUUUCUUAAUGUUGAAUGCAAUGUCUUUGUAAGGCAUAUAAAUAAAUGUUUUGCACAUGAA